AGAGGAAAACAUGGCGGACGUAGAUGUAGCGAAGUCUCUGAGCGGACUGUUGAAUGGAAUAGCUCAGAAAGUGUAUUAUAACAAGAGUGAGAUCACAGAGGAGCUGCUGAAGAACGAGCUGUACCCGGAUGUGUCUCAGGAGGAGUUCAAGGCUCUGCAUGAGAAGAUGAAAGGACUCCUAAAGUCUAUCGCCACAGCAGACAUGGACCAUGCCCAGCUGGAGGCCUUCCUCACAGCGCAGACCAAGAGGCAGGGCAGCGGUGGGGUGACCGCCGAGCAGGCCGCUGCCCUCUCUCGCUUCUGGAAGAGCCAGCGAGUGCGGGUGAGGGAGAGCUUGCUGGCUCAGAGCCGCUGGGAGCCCGGACUCAGGGGCCUCUCCUGGAGGGUGGACCUCCAGACUGCAGCCAGCCGGGGGGAUGCAGCCCACAGCGGCCCGGUCGCCCUGAUGGAGCUGGAGCUGGGCAGAGCCGGACAGGACUCAGAGUUUGUGUGUCUGGAGUUUGACGAAGCUAAAGUCAACCAGGUGCUGAAGAAGAUGUCCGAUAUCCAGGAGAGCAUUGACAGAAUCGUUCAGCGCACCUGAAGCUGUGUGCCAGAGUUUUUUCUUCAGACAGCAGAGAGACAGUGAGGUGGGGAGACGACGUCUGAAGAACUGUUUGUUCCUUGCAGAUCUGUGUUUGUCAGAAGGGAUCCAUCGUGGCUUUUGCAGCUGCCUUCAACUGAUCAACACACCCACCCCAAGUUUUGUUUACUUUCGUAACCUACUGUAACUCAAAGUGCUGUUUUAUUGUUGUGUUUCUUACAUCAUAUUUACAGCCUCCUCUGAUAGGACGAUGGUUCCUUUAUGGUUCCCCUGCAGCACUGUCCUUUUUUAACCACCAGUUUGAAGCAGUGAAUAAUUUUGGAUGAUGCAGUGAAGCUGUAAGCGGAGUAUACAGUACCCCACUGAAGCAGGGUACUGUAUACUCUAGGUAUGAAAAACAGAUACCGCCCAAGCCUAAUACCUACCUGUAUUAUUAAAAUGCUAGCACGUUAACAAAGUUACAUCAACAUUAAUCUCAAAGCACAGCUGACAAAGUCCAGGUCAGACUGAUGAAAGUUGGCCUGUUGUUGUCAUUAACAUUGUCAGGCAGCUGAAAAGAGUUCAGAGCGUCCUGGUCCUUUAAGACAGUGGUGUCACCGUCUGGUCCUAAGCCCUGAUGUCAGGAGGAUACAGGUACAGAGCACGUGUGGCUCAUCGGGACAUCAGGACAGGAUUUAACACCACAGCUUUGAGAAUCAUUACACAAUCGAUCCACCAGUUCAGUUACAGAGUUUCAAUCUAAAUACAGGUCGUAAACUCUCCACACAGAUCCAGCGGGAUACACGACUCCCUUUAAUUUAAACGUUAAUGAGCAAGUUUUAUUUUUUCAUCUUGUUUUUCUGUUGCUGUGUUCAGGCGGCAGGCUAAAUCACUUCACAGGUGGAUGACACUGAGAGUAGCAUGCAAUAAAAGGCCGAUGUCAGCUUCACAGUAAACUCAAGUCAGUAAAAUUUAAACCAUAUAAACCUGCUUCAGGUCACAGCUCUACUUUAGAUCCACAGGAUUGCACUUUCAACCCAACUCAACGUUAUGCUCCGACAGUAUUGUGACACACUGUAUAUAAAAUGUUCUUAUGCAGGUUUGUGCCAAUGAAGAUUAAAACUUGAAAAAGUUUCCCUUGA